ACUUACCAUGCAAACACACCAACAAUUAGCACCUACUCCUAUGCUCCACUUACUGCCGCAUCUCUAUCUAGAUCUCCCCCACUCUCCUCCAUGCCUUUUUAGGCAGCCAGAGUGCACGUCAUUCCUCCCCACCACAUCUAAACACGCGUGAGGCCCCUUCCUCCCACCUCUGAGCGCGCGCGAACGACGGGCAUGAUGAGCAGCAGGCUGAGCGGCCCCGGCACGAUCGCACCGGCGAGCGACGUCGUCGACUUCGGCUACGCUUCCAUGCACUCCUCCUCAUACGCCAACUUCGAGCCCGCACCGCCGCUGUACCAGCACCACCUGUAUGACAACAGCUUCGACUUCGCCGCCAGUACCAAUGCGUUCCAGUUCCAAGACCCCUUCGCUCUCUUCUCCACCGGUUCGCCGCUCGCCAACCAGCUCCAUCAGCCCUUCGCGCAGCAGAUCACCAUGCCGCCGAUCGCACCGUCCUCGCUGCUCCAGGCGCCGACGACAAUGACGGCGCUGCCGGGCGUGACGUCGGCGGCAGACGCGUACAACCCCUUCAGCGGCGGGUUACUGAAGCGUGAGGACGGCGACCCAUUCUUUUCCGACGCCGGCGGUGGCGGGAGGAUUGGGCUGAACCUGGGCCGGCGGACCUACUUCUCUCCGGCGGACGUGCUAGCGGUGGACCGCCUGCUGAUGCGCUCCCGCCUCGGCGGCAUGGGCGUGCUGGGGCUUGGGCUCGGCGCCGCGCACCACCCGCCACCGCGGUGCCAGGCCGAGGGUUGCAAGGCCGACCUCUCCGCCGCCAAGCACUACCACCGCCGCCACAAGGUCUGCGAGUACCACGCCAAGGCAGCCACGGUCGCCGCCUCCGGCAAGCAGCAGCGCUUCUGCCAGCAGUGCAGCCGAUUUCAUGUGCUUGCUGAGUUUGAUGAAGCCAAGAGGAGCUGCCGAAAGCGGCUCACGGAGCACAACCGCCGUCGCAGGAAGCCCGCCGGCGAGAAGGGCAACGACGCGCCGCCGCCUACCAAGAAGCCAGACACCAGCUCAUACAGCGGCGACGAUCACAGGACCAACAAGUCGUCGACCACGGUGGUCGCCGUCUCGCCGACGGCCAGCGGCUUCAGCUGCCUGCAGCAGCAGACCGAGCUCGACAACGGCGGCCAGUCGACCAUCGCCGCAACGAUGACGGCGCCGACGACCCUGUCCCUGGCCGCGGAGCGACCCCACGGCAGGGACAGGUACGGCGCCGGCCUGGACACCAUGCUGCUGCACCAGCAAGGUCGCGACGAGGAGGAGCAGGGCUUCAUGAUGACCCCGCUUGUGCAGUCGCAUCGGCAGCGGCAGCGAGACAGCGGCAACAUCUUGUCGUGCUCGACGUCGGCGUCGGAUCAGCGUCACCGGAACGACGGAGACAGCUGCUGCAACGGCAACAGCAUGCAGCAUUUCUUCGAGGUGGACUUCAUGUAGCGUGAUGCAUGCAUGCAGAUGCAGGCAUUACAUGCUUGAAUGAGUGAAUGAACCUGGCCUAGCUUAGCAUAGCGCAGCUAGAGGUAGUUUGACUGCAUUAUCGUGUAGUAAUAUGGUGUGCGUGUGUGUGAAUGGAGUAUAGCUAGGGUAGGCAGUGCAGCUUUUCUAUUCAGAUUUAAUUCUUAACUUUGUAACUCUGUAUUGUGUUUACUUGCACUUCUCUGGAUGUUGCCCGUUUCACCAAGGGAAUAGUGUAUGUGUAUGUACCUGUGU